GAAAGACUUAAAUAAUGCAAAGCAAGAUAUUUGUUUGCUCCUCAACUUUGCUUCCUAUUUCUUCCGGAAUUUAAACUUCAGUAUCAGAUAAAAAUUUUUGUACCUUUUUUUAUUUUUACUAAAUUUUCAUUAACAUGGCUGCAACUGAAGGAAAGGUUAUCAAGUGCAAAGCUGCUGUAGCGUGGGGACCAAAAAAACCUUUAUCGAUAGAAACAGUUGAAGUUGCACCUCCUAAAAGUGGAGAAGUUCGAAUAAAGAUUUUAGCCACUGGAGUUUGCCAUACAGAUGCAUAUACAUUGGAUGGAUUAGACCCAGAGGGUUUAUUUCCUUGUAUACUUGGCCAUGAAGGUGGAGGUAUUGUUGAAAGUGUUGGAGAAUCGGUCACAUCAGUAAAACCUGGUGAUCAUGUUAUUCCUUUGUACAUUCCUCAGUGUGGAGAAUGCAAAUUCUGUAAGAGCCAUAAAACCAAUUUAUGUUCAAAAAUUAGAACCACUCAAGGUAAAGGUGUUAUGCCAGAUGGUACAAGUCGAUUCACUUGUAAAGGGGAAACUGUGUAUCACUUUAUGGGUACUAGUACUUUUUCAGAGUAUACAGUUGUUGCAGAAAUUUCUAUUGCAAAGGUGGAUGCUAAGGCACCAUUAGACAAAGUGUGUCUUUUAGGUUGUGGAAUACCCACUGGAUAUGGAGCUGCCCUAAAUACUGCCAAUGUAGAACCUAAUUCUAAUGUGGCAAUAUGGGGCCUUGGUACUGUAGGACUGGCUGUUGCAAUGGGAUGCCGAGAGCGUGGAUCUUCUCGAAUAAUAGGAGUUGAUAUCAAUCCAGAUAAAUAUGAAAUAGCAAAAAAAUUUGGCUGUACUGAAUUUGUGAACCCUAAAGAUCAUCCCAAGCCUAUUCAAGAUGUGCUAAUAGAAAUGACUGAUGGUGGAUUAGAUUAUACAUUUGAAUGUAUUGGAAAUGUUUCUACUAUGAGAGCAGCAUUAGAAUCUUGCCACAAAGGUUGGGGUCAGAGUGUAAUAAUUGGAGUAGCUGGAGCUGGCCAAGAAAUUUCCACAAGACCUUUUCAAUUAGUUACUGGUCGUGUAUGGAAAGGAUCAGCUUUUGGAGGCUGGAAGAGCAGAGAAAGUGUUCCUAAGUUGGUUGAUCAAUAUAUGAAUGGAAAAUUAAUGGUUGAUGAAUUCGUUACCCAUAACUUCAGUCUUGAUGCUAUUAAUGAAGCUUUUCAUUUAAUGCACGCUGGAAAAUCGUUGAGAAGUGUCGUUACCUUCUAAUGGUGCUAUAUUUUGAUCCUCAUUUUGCCAAAAGAAAAAUAGGAAGAAAUUUUGCUGUUGUUAACAUUAUCUUUUUUAAUGUUGAUUGAUAAAAUAAAAAUUAUAUUUUUGCAGUGGUA